UGAGUCGUAGAUCAUCCCUAGUGGAUGUUUUGUUUGAGAGUUUAAUUUGACGAUUUUGAGAUGAUUCACUCGCACUAAAGUAGUUUGAACUAAAGUUUUAAUUAUUUUCAUUCGUUGCAUUUAUUUUUUUAAUAUGGAUUCAUCACGAAGAAGUAACUCUGACGAACAACGAUGUAUAAUAGGACUUCAAGAUUUGAAAAUAUCUAACAAAGUUGAAGAUGUUACUGAGCAAGCGCACGGUGCCGUAACUUCAAACUCAAGUUCUCUUGCCAAAACUCGACCUGUGGGUGCAAUAGAAAGCUUUGUACUGGAUAAUAGCCAAAAUAACCGCCAGGAUUACAGCUUUUAUGAGCGAUCUAAUGUCAUAGCCGCUUCUAAGUUUGCUACUCCUAAACGAGUAGAAACAAUUGCGUCGAUCAAUAAACGCGAUAUAAACACUGCAGCAUUGCCUUCAAGCCCAACGCGCUCCAUCGAUUCCAUAUCACAAAGGUCACUCAGUUAUCAAACCGACGACCUAUAUGAGAUUCCAGCGAUUCCGAGUGUUCAACAAUACCCACCACCAGUGUAUGAGAAUAUAGAUUACUACGGAGAGCAGCGGUCGCCGCAGCCGCCCUACUAUCAUCAGCUGUACCAGCAGGCGCCGCCACCGCCCGUAUCUGACGGCUACUACGACACGCGCUACAGUAAAGCUCAGCCGCAAGUGCCAGUUAAUUCCAAGACAAAACUCAAUCCUCUAGUGUACGAAAACAUGUUGUGUUCUGAUAAUGACAAGAAAAGUGAAUUUAAACCUCAACUUAAUCAUGACCAGCGUUUUAUACAACAGGGCUCUCUUCCUGGACCACAGGUGGCUAAUAUAGGUGUCACCAGAAAUAUGGCCCAAAUGAUAACUAGUGAAAAAAGUAAAAUCGACAAAGCUCCUCCACCUCCACCAUAUAACCCUACUCAAGAGAACCCAAGCAGUGAUUACACAGUCAUGAAGUCUGCUCCACCCAAGUAUACUGAUGUCAGUGCUCUUCUGAAAAAUGAUAAUACUAUUAGUUUUGAUGAUAAAAUUGUUACAAUUCCAUCUACAGCAAUAUAUGCAUCAAUAGCACCAAGUGCUCAAAGACCUAAAGCUAACAUUGCUACUGAGGUCCAAACAGCUACAGCGAGCCCCAAAUUUUUCCACCCCAAACCAAAUAUUGGAAGCAGCACUGGUAAAGAAAAAACAACCCUAAUGAAUGGAGGAUAUAAUCCAAAACCUACAGUUGCCAGUAGAAUGCAAAUAAUUGAAGAUACUAAUGGAUCAGACUAUGUGUGCAUGACAGGUGGUUCGCCUGCUGCAGCAGUGGCAGCAGCCAACAGAGAUAACAUGUCAAUUGCAUCAGAAUCUAUUACUUCAAGGAAUUUAGUGUCAGGGCUUACAUCUUUGUGUUCUCCUGCUCAAUCUCCAGCACCUAGCCCUACUCCAAGCUCUGUUUCUCAAGUCUCAGGUGGAUCUCGGGGUUCAGGUGGCCGUGGCAAGAGUUUAUUGCCUUAUAGCAUAACACCUCCACGCCCACCUGGUCCAAGUGAAGCUCAGCGUAAAAUAGAAGAACUAACUAGACAACUAGAGGAAGAAAUGGAAAGGCAGGAUGAGGAGGGAGAAUAUUUUGGUAUUUGCCAUACAUGUGGUGCUGGAGUCACUGGAGCUGGUCAAGCUUGCCAGGCUAUGGGCAACCUAUACCACACCAACUGCUUCAUAUGCUGCUCAUGUGGCAGAGCAUUAAGAGGCAAAGCUUUUUACAAUGUGCAUGGCAAGGUGUACUGCGAAGAAGAUUAUUUGUAUUCUGGUUUUCAACAAACAGCUGAGAAAUGUGCAAUAUGUGGGCACCUGAUUAUGGAAAUGAUUUUGCAAGCUAUGGGCAAAUCAUAUCAUCCAGGAUGCUUUCGUUGCUGUGUUUGUAAUGAGUGUCUUGAUGGAGUGCCGUUCACCGUGGAUGUUGAUAACAAAAUAUACUGUGUCAACGAUUAUCAUCGUAUGUUUGCGCCUAAAUGUGCUAGCUGUGGAAAAGGAAUUACACCGGUUGAAGGGACUGAUGAGACAGUGAGGGUAGUAUCAAUGGAUCGCGACUUCCAUGUUGACUGCUACAUGUGUUGUGUCUGUGGUAUGCAACUUACUGACGAACCUGAUAAGCGCUGCUACCCAUUAGCUGGUAAGCUAAUGUGUCGCGCGUGUCACUUGACCACGAUCGGUGCGGCGUCGGGGCCCGGCCUAUCACCAGCUCCUCACCUCUCCCCCGCUUCUUACCAGUACAUGGGUUGAACGUCAUUGUUUCGGCUGCUGCGUCUAUUGCGUUAAAAUAAUCAUUACAUCAAAAAGUUGUCAGGCUAUUUCUAUUAUAAAGGUAUGUGCUCAAAACAGUUGUAUAGCUAAUGUAGCAACUAUUAGCAUUUAGUGUAUUUAGCUUUAAUAUACUUAACAUAAGUUGAUGAUCGACCUGAGUGAAUCAAUUUUGUCAGUGUUAUGAUAAAUGAGGUAGUCAUGAUAAAAUAGGCUUGAUUGAUUGAUUGAAUUGAUAAUAAUAGGUACAGAAAGAGAAUGUUUUUUAUGAUGUCAUUGAUAUGCUUAGAUAUUUGUUAGAUGUUAGUCUAUAGCAUUUAUUAUGGAAACUGUUUAUUUAGAUUCCAUAUGAAACUACACAAAUAUGAAAUUAAUGAGACUACUGUUGCCCUUCUGUAGGUAUGAAAUUUAUGGAAAA